AUGCCCCACAGUAGUGUAAAUUUUGAUCAGUCGCCAAAUGUUGGAUCCUCGAAAACGGGAAGAAAGCGAUCGAAAUCAAGCUCGAAAAAGCGGAAUGAAGAAAUACAACCACUCUUGAUGAAUGUUGGAAAUGAAAUGAAUAAUUUGAAGGAUGCUAGGGCUCAGUUUAAAUUGACUUGUAGCAUGGUUUUGAAUAUUCUGAUUUUUAUUUUCAACAUGUUGUUUAUGUGUUUAUUGACAAGUAUUUUGGUUUAUGUCGUUUCGCCAGUAUAUAUCAAUCAUGAUGUGCAUAAUUUUGGGAUUGGAACGAUUGAUAGUGCAAUACCAAGUAUUUCUUCAUUUAGAGCAGCUUCAAUUGAUGGAAAUGGAAAGGUUUAUCAGGGAUUUGGAAUGGGUUUCUCAUACAGUAAUACAGAGAUGCAAUCUCUAAAUAUUAGUGAUGGAAACACUGUUGCAGUAUCUUUAUUUCCUGCAUUUCAAUCAAUUUUAUUAGCGAGAGCAUUGGUGGCCAAUAGAGGUGCCAUGAGAAAUUCAUCGUGGGAUGUUACUUUGAAUAGUAUGGUCUUGAAUCAGGGACAAUCUCUAUUUCAACCAGAAUUUACUUUUACAAUAUCUAGAAAUCAAUCAAAAGGUGAUAAUGAAACUGUUUGGACUCAAUUGGAAGCAUUUGUGCAUUCGAGUCAUUACAUGUACUUUUUCCAGAAGGCCAGAACAGCUACAUGUCUUGUUAUCAUGGAAAGAUUUAUUAGAAAUAGACAAAACAUGAUGACAGUAUCAAUUUAUGGAAUUGUUGGAACUGCACUAAGCAGUACAAGUCAUGUCUAUACUGAUGGACCAUUCUUGAUCAAUAAUUAUACAUUUAUUGAUGAUGGUUCAGUUAAUUAUGCUACCAUCAAGAGAUCAAUUUCCAUGACAGCAGUACAAAUCGAUGGAACUCAUCAGGAUUUAUUUGUGGUUUCACACAAUUUCGAAACAGAUACAUGCAUGUAUCAUUCGAUUAAGAGUGCAACAGAAAUGAGUUCUAAUAAUCUUCCAUCAGGUGUUUCUUGUUACUCUGUUGAUACAACCAAUACUCAAAUGAUUGAAACUCUACAAGAUUCAGUAAUUGCUGCCACUGAGAGCCAUCUUUUCAUUUUAGGUACGGAUGGAAAGCUGAUUGCCAUUGAAGCUGUUCCUUCAUUCUCUCUAUGUGAGUCAGUUCAUUUACUCAUGUCACAAUUCCAACGAUCAAUCUGUUUCACUCCUCCAUGGAAAGUUAUUCUCUACGACUGGAUCUUUCUAUUUCCUUCGUCUUGGUACUGA